CAAGGUCACCUGUCGACCGUUUACAUGAGAAUGCCACAGCUCACAUCCGUCUACAUUCCGUCUAGCAAAAGCUAGCAUAAUUCCUAAAAGUAAUCACUGCUUCACAUAUGUAAGUAAAUGCGCACUGUAGUUAGAUAUGUGGAGUACAUUUCGUUGGCUAUGUAGAAAGAGUACAGUUGCCUCAAGUGGACAAGCUACUAGGGGACGUAAACGUUGCAAAUGUGUUUCAGACUUCUAUGAUCAGCACAAUAUUCCUUUCACACGUCAUAAAACAAUAGCCUGACCUAAAUGAUUUCGACAGGUGGUGUUUUGGGGCAUGAAUCAUUGACAACGUUCGACAGGACUCCCAAGUGAUGGGCACAAUUCCAUUUUACGCAUUAACUCGAGGAAAUGAAAUAUUUCCAGAAGCGAAAUUCAGAGGGGAAGGCGAAGAGACGAACUCGCCUAUAAAACACUGGAAUAUGGCCUGCAAUAGAUAACUGCGGGCUAACAUUCUUUCAGAGUCUGUACACCUGGACGCCUCAAAUAUCAAAAUCAGUUGUGUUCUUGCUGGCAUUGUUUCCAUUUUAUUUACUGGGGAAUCGCAUACUUUCCACAUCCACAUAAGGAGGAUAUAUCUGCCACGAUAUGUUCAUAGAGGAGCGUAUUUUAACGCUUUUCAAACGGAACUGGCAACACACCUUGACCUACUGGAGUGUGUUUUUCAGCUUCGGACUAUGUAUUGCCUUUUUGGGUCCCACAAUUCUAGAUUUACAAUGUCAGACACAAUCAACACUCCAGCAAAUUACCUGGGUGUUUUUCUCUCAGCAAUUUUGCCUUCUUAUUGGCAGCUCCAUUGGGGGUGUUUUCAAGAAAACGCUUUUCAGUGCCCUGUCAGCGCUUUUCCUGUCCUCUCUGAUGAUCUCGGUUAUUUUUGCCAUCAUUCCUUUCUGCUACAACGUGCUGAUCCUUGCCAUAGCCAUGGCAGUCACUGGGUUGGCAAUGGGGGUGAUUGACACCAUUGCAAAUAUUCAGCUUGUGGCCAUUUACCAGAAGGAUUCUGCCGUCUUCCUCCAGGCCCUGCACUUCUUCAUUGGUUUUGGAGCUCUUGUGAGCCCUCUGAUUGCAGACCCGUUCUUAUCAGAGCACUGUGGAAACAGCACAGGCGGAGAUGAAUCUGUCCACUUUCACCACAGGAUGACAGUAUAUAACAUAGAGAGAUCCAACAUCUCAACACCUACUCCUGAACACGUGGAGAAGGAGGAAUCCAUUGUGUCAUAUGCUUUCUGGAUCAUGUCAGUUAUUAAUCUGCCGGUGCCAAUUGCUGUGCUGGUGCUGAUGUACCUGGAGAAGCUGAUCCCCUGCUGUCCUGGCAGCAAAACUCGCCUGCUGGAUAAAGAUGAGCUCUCCAUGGAGGCGCAGGGAACGGAAGCGGCCCCCGCACCCGCGCCGGAGCCUGAGCCUCAGCAGAAGGACGACGAAGUGGGAGGUCAUGGGGAUAUCUUCAGUUGUUGUAAGAAUGGUAACCUAAGCGGGUUACCUCCAUCUUUUUUUGGGAUCCAUAUCUUGGGUGGAGUGGUGCUCUUCAUGACUGAUGGCAUUGUGGGUGCAUAUGCAGGUUUUGUGUACACCUAUGCAGUGGCUACACCCAUGUCACUCUCACCUAAAGAUGCAGGAUACCUGGCCAGUCUAUUCUGGGCGGCCAUCACAGCAGGCAGACUGGUGUCCAUUCCACUGGCCUACCGCUUCAAACCUGUGCGGCUUCUCAUGGUUAACCUGGCAGGUGUGAUUGUCACAGUGCUGCUGCUGCUCCUCCUGUAUACCAGCAGUACCUUCCUGUUCGUGGGCACCUGUUUACUGGGCUUGUUCCUGAGCAGCAUCUUCCCCUGCAUGCUGGCAUACACUGAGGACAUCCUGGAGUAUCAAGGUUGUGCAACCACAGUUCUGGUAACGAGUGCUGGACUCGGCGAAAUGGUUCUUCAGGUGGUGGUUGGAUCGAUUAUUCACGACGCGGGCAGCUACAGCUUCUUAUUGUGUGGAAUGAUAAUCGGAUGCAUCGGCUUCAUAGUCUUCUUUGGCCUGCUUCUUUGCGAUCGCCUGCACAGCAACUACUUAACUGGAACAUCCAAAAAGACUGCAAUGGUAGAGGAGCCUUCAACAGAAGAUAAUAACAGCAAAAUGACCACUCCUAACCAUAGCUGAAGGAGCAAAAUACUUAGCAACUGUAAAACAUUGCUUAAUGCUACUGGAUAUAUUUUUCUUAUCAGAUUUUGUUUUUAAAUAGAUUGUCUGUCCACAAAUUCUAUGCAUGAAUAACUUAAGUUAUAUUCCUUAGAUUUUUUUUUUGUGUGUAUUAUUGUUUUUUUGUUGUUGAAGGCAUCAUUUUAACUAAAUGUCCAUUAAAAUAUCCAUUACAAUGUCAACACAGCUACUGUCAAAUCAUUGUGACAACAACAAUGUGACACUUACGGAAUUAGCCUGUGCAGUUGAACUGAACUACUUCACUGCAGCCCAUCCACUGGUGAGACAUGGGGUCACUAAAAUUGUGGAGCUGCUGUAAGUAUGGGUUACAAAGACCUUCUGUUACAGGCCUUUAGAGGCACUGCAUCCUUGGACCACUAAAUAGGGGAGGGAGAAU